ACGAACUGCUUUCAAAUAAUAGUUAGUUCUCCAUUCCCAGAGCAACAUAUCCAAACCGACCUUUGAAAUCCUCCCUGAUUUGGACUGUGCUAGUAUUCUUCUGCUCCGAAAAUCAAUACUGUCCCUACUGUAAUGCGUGUCAGUUUAGAAUGGCCGAAUCCAGCGAAGCUGUGGUUGCAGAGGCUGCUGCGAAACACGAUAACGAGGAGAAACGGGAAGCAGAACUAGAAGCUGGCGAGCCCAAGUUCAAAUGGGACGACGUGGGAGAGCAGAAUCGCUUUGCUAUCGUCUCGCUGUGUGCCUGCGACCUCAGCGAGUUGUAUACCGUGGGCCGAAACCAAUCUUGGAGCGAUGGCUAUUUGGCCAGUCUGGUCAAAACUGUCGGGUUGCCCAAGCGAGUGGAGACCAACAUUCGUAAGAUCAUUGCCGGUCACAUGGGACUUGACAGGCAGUUCUACAUUGAGAUGAUCAACGAAGACCAACGCUAUAGCAAACACCCACAACUCCUCAUACACGACUUGUUGUUGGCUAGUAUGGAGCAAGGUUCAUACGAUGCCAGGUGCCGGGCAUUUCUCAAGCGUCUUUCCAGCACCUUGGCAUUUGACGCCGAUACCAUGACUGUCAUGGAGGAGACUGCACUGUCCUGGCUGCGAGCUCUGCAUGAGUGUGAGACUGAGGAAGUGAAGGCGGCACGUGAAGCUGAGAAGAAGAAGCAGCGGCGCAAGAAGGCUGUGCUGAUUGGCGUAUCGGCCGUGAUUGGUGCCACUGUUAUCGGCGUUACUGGAGGUUUGGCGGCACCGUUUGUUGCGGCCGGUGCUGGCUUGUUGAUUGGCGGUGGCAGUGCAGCUAUCCUGGGCAGUGCGGUCGGCGUUGCCUUGAUCACGACUAUAUUUACCGGUGCUGGUGCUGGAUUUGCUGGGUACAAGAUGAAGAAGCGUCUGGGCGAUGUCAAGGAGUUUGAAAUCCGCACAGUCGGCGAGAAGCGUCCAUCGCUAAGAUCUGUGAUAGCCGUGACUGGCUGGUUACCCGGAGAAGACCUGGAGAAAGAUGUGGCUGAUUUUACCGCACAGUGGGCAUGCUUGGAUGAAGGAGACGAGGUUUACGGAGUACGCUGGGAGAGCGAAGAACUGCAUGAGCUGGGCUCAGCACUGUCAAAAUUCCUAACCGAGACAGCUGUCAGCUACGUUGUUACGGAGACCUUGAAGCAGACAAUAAUCAAGUCUCUGCUUUCAGCCAUUGCCUGGCCCGUCACCCUGCUGCAGCUGGCCAGUGUCAUAGACAACCCGUGGCAGAUCUGCUUGAAUCGUGCGGAGGACGCCGGGCGCCUGCUGGCGGAUGCCCUGCGCACAUCCAAAGACGCUCGUCGUCCGGUUACUCUGAUUGGGUAUAGCAUGGGAGCUCGACUCAUCUUCUACGCUCUUCAGGAGCUUGCCAAGUACAAAGACUCCGCCGGUAUCGUGGAGAAUGUGUAUCUGCUAGGUGCGCCCAUCACCGCCAAGCCAGCACAUUUCAAGACACUGCUAGCCGAUGUUAUUGCUGGAGAUUGUGUGGUGGCCUACAGCCGGUCAGACUGGGUGCUGAAGUUCCUGCAUCGCACAGCAACGGCCAGUACGUCCGUAGCUGGUGUAUCACCCAUCGAACUGGAUCAUCCCCGACUGAUCAACAUCGACCUAUCCAAGCUGGUAACGCGACAUCACGAUUACGUCACCAAGCUGCCGCGCGUACUGAGUGCGGUCGGUGUGCGUGUGGACGCGGACAGCUGGACGAUGGCCGAUGCAGACGCUGACGACUCUCCCCCGUCGCCUGUUCCGGCGGCGGACGGUGUUAUCGACAUGGAUGACGAGGUCCCACCACCACCGGACAAAACAGCACCAUCUGAACAGCGGGUAGAGGGUGUAGCAGUAGCAGCAGCAGUUGAAGCUCAAGGAGCCAGCAUAGCGCCUCUAAGUACUAACAAUGAAUCAUCAUCAUCUUCAUGGCAUCCCACGUCAUCUGUCAAGCUGUCUUCCGGUCACAGUUUACCGAUGCUGGGCUUUGGCACGUACUCCGCCACACUCACACAUCCGCAACUCAAAGAUGUCGUUGUGGAGGCACUGCAUCAAGGGUACCGACAUUUCGACUGCGCUCCGAUCUACGGCACUCAGUCUACACUGGGAGAGGUGUUCAACGAUCUGCAAUCAGCUGUGCCUAGUGUUCAUCGGCGUGAUUUGUUCAUCACCAGUAAGUUAUGGAAUACGCUGCAUCAUCCGUCUCACGUACGACAGAGCUGCCUGGACUGUAUUGAUGCUCUUCAGUGUGACUAUCUGGAUUUGUUCCUCAUUCAUUCACCAUGUGCCAUGAAGUUCACAGGUUAUGGCGUUGGGAUGGAGAACCGCAUACCUGUGGAUGAUGCUGGCAAUGCUAUCCUGGACACGCAGACGCAACACAUCGAUACAUGGAAGGCUAUGGAGCAGCUUGUUGACGAAGGGUUGGUGAGAUCGAUCGGCGUGUCGAACUUCAACAGAAGCCACCUGGAGGCUCUCCUUCCCCAGUGUCGUAUCCGGCCUGCCGUGAACCAGAUUGAAGUUCAUCCUUACUGUGCACAGCCAACACUGGUUGAGUGGUGUCAGUCUCAGGGCAUUCACGUCACUGCCUUCUCACCCCUGGGAUCUCAGACAGGCAUUGUUGACGUCCUGGGUGAUACGACAAUUGUGGAGAUGGCAAGCAUGGUGGGUGUGUCACCAGCUCAGCUGUGUCUGCGCUGGGCUGUACAGCGAGGUAUCAGUGUUGUUCCACACAGCGCUCAAGUACAAUUCCUGACGGAGAACAAGGCCAUCUUCAACUUCACGCUCACUAGUGACCAGAUGCAAGUUCUCUCUAUUCUGGACGAGGAAAAGAGAACAUUGGUAUUUGACUGGUUGUCAUGGGAAUAGUUUGAAGUUCGCAUCGUUGUCAUGGAAAUUGUUUAAAAAAUCUCCCGGCGAUGAACUUAGCAGCAGAGUUCAGCUCAGUUUGCCGUGCUUUCGCGUCGAAGGCUACUGAGUGACUGUAUUCAAGAUCAGCUGCUCUCUGACUUGCACAUGUAGCAUGGUUUUGGUUACUUGGCCCUCUGCUUUGCUCCACAAAAUGCGAACAAAAUAUUAUGACCACGUGAACAUGAGCUGUGGUGUCUUCUUUGCCGUUCACCACUAGGCAAGCAGAACACACACACAAAACGACUAUGUCCUGCUAUCUGGCCAGAGUACUCGAGUGCAUAUGCACGGCAUUGAAAAACAUCGUUUAGUCUCUCUAGUCUUCAUUUAUCCCCAACAUUUUAAAAUUAUUUUACGUUCUUUUUUACGUUCUCUCUAUGUUACUUCAAAGUAUGUGGGUGAUGGCGAUUGCCUGUUGUUCCUUUUGUAAUUUUCUACUCAAGCAUGCAUUGGGACAGGCUAUUUUGGCUUGUUCCGCUUCUUGCCCGUGCAUUAUCUCGACAGUUCUCAGCAGGCUGAAUUGAACUGGUACUAGCCGCACACUGCUCUGGAGAAGUGGUGCGGCAAUUGUCGCAGAGCGCUGCUUUGGCUACGUCCAUACUACUCGAAACACACAGCCGAUCAUUCUAUUUUAACCGUCGUUCACGUUGAGUUUGAGGUCCAGACCGUUUUUGCCUUAUUCCCGCUGCCCCUUUUUCUCCUUCUUCUUUCCAGUAGCGAUAUACUUCGAAUGUCUUGUUGAAUUUUCCAUACAACGUAUACUUCUGCUUAUCCUGAGUUUUAUUUUACCCCCCCCCCCCCCCCCUCCAUGCACCCUGAGAUUACAUGACAUUGUACAAGUGUCCUGGUACCCCAGGUGCAGGUAGUGUCCAUUCUGUUGUAUGUUUCUACAUGUUCUCAGUGAGCUAUUGCCGAGGCUUGAGCUACUGUUGGUCUUUUGUUUUUUUCUAGGUGAGCAACUUUUGCUUUUUCUAUGUAGAAACUAUGAGUGUCAGUGCAACAA